ACGUUCGCGACCGUGCGGGAGUCCACAUGAGCCUGUUGCCAGUUAUUGAUCCUGACACGGUUAAACAACACUGCAUUGCCGUUAACUACGAAAACAAUUCUAGUCACGAAGCGUUUGCAAAAACGCGCCGACAUACAACCACGGUUACGUGUGUGCUUGACGGGUUCCGAUCAUCGGUACCUCAGCCCGUCAAACCUGAUCAGGAAAUCGUCGAAAAUUUACGGCCGGAACACUUUCAAGUAAAAAAGACGUUCAGACAUGGGUUUCCACAUCAGCCGACAGCAGUGGCGUUCGAUCCGGUUCAGAGGCUCCUUGCGAUCGGUACCAAAUCGGGAUCCCUCAGGAUUCUCGGUCGACCAGGUGUGGAUGCACACGUUAAACACGAGGGAUGCACAGCUGUGAUACAAUUACAAUUUUUGAUCAACGAGGGAGCUUUAGUGUCCGCCACCGCGGACGAUACUUUGCACCUAUGGAACUUCCGGCAGAAAAUACCACAGGUUGUGCAGAGUCUCAAGUUCCAAAGGGAAAGAAUAACGUACAUCCAUCUGCCGCUACAAAGUAAAUGGCUGUAUGUUGGCACGGAAAGGGGAAACAUUCAUAUACUACAUAUCGAGACGUUUGUCCUCUCUGGAUAUGUAAUUAAUUGGAAUAAGGCUAUCGAAAUAUCUAGAAAGACCCAUCCUGGUGCUGUAGUACACUUGAGUGAUAACCCUUUAGAUUUGAGCAAGAUGCUGAUCGGAUACGAAUCAGGUCAAAUAGUAUUUUGGGAUUUAAAAACAAAAAAUGCGGAUUACAGAUGCCAAAGCGACGUGCCCUUAAAGUCCAUAACGUGGCAUCAUGAGGGUAAACAGUUUAUGUCUAGUCAUACUGAUGGUUCUCUGUCAACAUGGACGGUGCGCCAAGUGAAACCUACAAACGUCACGCAUCCACACGCAAAAACUACUAAAGACGGCGAACCAGAACCGUGCAAAUUAAUUCAAAAAGUUGAGUGGAAGCUUUCUAGAUCGGGGGAAGCAUACGUUAUAUUUUCCGGUGGCUUAGCGUACGAUACAACUGGACGAACUCCAAGUAUAACGGUCAUACAUGGGAAGACCACCACUGUACUCGAAAUGGAACAUAAUGUGAUAGACUUCAUAACACUGUGUGAAAGUCCAUGGACCAGUGAUUAUCAGGAUCCAUAUGCUGUUGUCGUUCUACUACAAAAUGAUUUGGUUGUGAUAGAUUUGUUAACUCCCGGAUUUCCGUGUUUCGAAAAUCCGUAUCCGAUGGAUAUACACGAGUCGCCCGUGACGUGUUGUGCGUACUUUGCAGACUGUCCUUCGGAUUUAGUGCCAGCUUUUUAUUCGGUCGGAUCGAAAUCUCAGAAAAAAACAGGGUUCAGUGAAAAGGAUUGGCCGAUAUCCGGCGGAGAAUGGAGUUCAAGCUCAAGUAGUUAUAAUGAAAUUAUUGUUACUGGGCAUGCUGACGGUAGUAUAAAAUUUUGGGACGCUUCCGCGGGCACUUUACAAGUCCUUUACAAACUGAAGACGGCGAAACUUUUCGAAAAAGGUAGAACGCGUAGUAUAGAUUCGGAAGAAGAUCCGUUGGCGAUACAGCUCAUCUUCCUUUGCCCCGAAAGUCGGAAGUUAGCGAUCGCCGGAAGCGGAGGACACGUUGUUUUGUUUAAAUUCAAAAAAGUAGAGAGUAUGUCCGAAGUAGUGACUUUGGAGAUAUCGUUGACAGCGGAACCGGGAAAGGAGGUGGAAAGCACGUCCGAUCACGAUUCCCCGGCUGGCAACACUUCCGGAAAUAACGAAACGAAAAAUCCGGAAGUGCACCAGCCGCUGAAAGUUAAGAGCGGGUUGCAGAAGAGAGCUCCGGGUUUUCAAGCAACGCUGAUCUGCUUAAUGGUCGCUGCCAGUGGAGAACAGCCCGAAAACAUAACGGCUCUCAGUUUGAACUCCUCCUAUGGCUUAAUGGCUUACGGGAACGAGUCCGGUUUGGUGGUAGUAGACAUCGUGCAAAAAAUAUCAUUGGUUGUGUUAAAUACGUCGGAUAUCGGGGGUAGUGCGGACCCAUGCCAACGUGCGCUAAGGAGCCCUAAACGUCAAGACGAUUUAAAACGAGAAAGCGAAGACAAAGCGAGGAGUCCUAGCACAGAUCAGACUCACCGAGACUCUACUGUGGCGUCAGAAGCCUCGUUAACAAUGGUAACCGACAAUGCUCAACAUUCUCAACAAUGUCCACCUCGCGAUGAAUUCCAAACCGGAAGUAAUAACGAGAAAGGAACCACGGAGGAAUCCGUGAACGAAAUCCAUAAGCCUGGAAAUAAAACGAACGAAGAAGAUUGCGCAAAAAACCAUGGCUGGAAAGGAUUUAGCCUGAAGAGGCAGCUCAGCAAGGUUGAUCUGAAAAUUAAAAGUACUUUCACACCAACUUUGGUGGCGUCUCAAAAUGGGGUAGGCACCGAUAGUAGCGGUCAGAAAGCUUCUGUUUUUUACUGUAACAUCAACGAAUCCGCGAAUUCGUUAUCUCCAGUCGAAAGUGUCGAAGAUGAGUCUUCGGUGUCAUCGGAAGGUUCGAUAUCGGGCCGCGAAAGUCCAUUAAACGAUGAUAAGAAAAGGAAUAGUCAGGAUGCGAAGAGCCCGAUGAUCGAUGGAGACAAUGCUAAGCUAUUACGAUCUCAUAAUGACAAUGUUGUCGCAACGUCCGACGCUGUACGGCCGGUUAAUUUAACCCUGUCUGAAAACGAAUUGAAACCGCCACGGCUGAAGAAAAUCGUGAAGAUGAAACAAGUGAAAAGGGAAGGUCGUUUGUUGUCCGUACCGAAUUUAAAGUUUGCGAAAGACGACGCAACGAUUUGUGACCUAAGGUGCGAAGAAAACACGGCCCCCGAAACCUUCACCGGCAAUCUAAUAAGAAGAUUCAGUCGCGUAGACAAGUACGACAGUUCGUUUCAACGGUCGAGGAGCUCGAGCAUGUCGUCGCUCGAGAACAUCACUACGGAAACCAUCAGCUGCCUUACGUUCGCAGAUUCCUACACGAAAAAAACUGAUACCACUCCCGUACCUACGCUGUGGAUUGGUACAUCUUUAGGAUCUAUACAAACGAUGAUAUUUAAUACGCCCGCUCGUGGAGAACGACAUGCUCAUCCGGUUGUUGUUUCUACAUGCAAUGGAUCUACUUUUAAAUUAAAGGGUUGCAUUCUAUCGAUGUCCUUCUUAGAUUGUAACGGUGCCCUCAUUCCAUACUCUUACGAAUCUUGGAAAGACGAGUCUGUGGACGGCAAAGAACGCAAUAAGAGCCAAGGUAAAUGUACAAAUAGUCGGAUGUCUCCGUCGAUGACCACACAAGCGACCACUGGAGAGGGCUUCGAAGAUCGUCAAUUUAUUGUAUUAACAUCUGAAAAACAGGCGAGGGUCUUAGCGUUGCCAUCACAGAAUUGUUUAUAUAGACAACAACUGGCUGAAACUCAUAUCGUUAUCAAAGCCGAAAUUACGUCUAUAAAAGAUAAUGUUUGUCUGGUUUGCUACGUUUCAAAUGGGCACGUAGCUGCGUACAGUUUGCCAAGUCUGAGGCCAUUAAUAGACGUCGAUUUUCUGCCUCUUAUAGAUUUGAGUUUUCAGACUACAAAACAUGGCAUUGUAGACCCCAUGUUGUCCAUAUGGGGUCAUCAACUCUUUGUUAAUGGCGAUACCGAUCAAAUUGCAAGAACACUCGGCUUCAGCAAUAGGGGCCACGGUCUGUACCUGUCGUCGCCCACUGAGAUUCAAAAGUUUUCCAUAUCCAGCCAAUUUUGUGGGGAAUUAACCGAAAUGAUGGGAGACUUAUUCAUUGGUCACGACAUGCCCGAACCACCCAAGGAAAGCUUCUUCAAGGGCCUCUUCGGCGGAGGAUCGCGAAGUUUGGACAGAGAAGAACUAUUUGGUGAGUCUAGUGGGCGAGCUUCUCGCACGGUCGCGAAACAUAUACCAGGACCAAACGCUGGCACGGAAGCUCUUCGUGAACGCGUUACAUCCGCCACGGGAGAGGUGAGCUUAGCCCAUCAGAUGGUGAUGGAGCGCGGGGAGAAGCUCUCGCAGCUCGAGGACCGAACAGCUCGAAUGAUGACAGAGGCGGAAGGUUUCUCUCAGUCUGCUCACGGAUUGAUGCUCAAGUACAAAGACAAGAAAUGGUAUCAGCUAUGAGAAUAUGGCUCGAUUUCUAUCCAAAUUUGGAACUGCAUACGAUUAUAUGGUAAUUUAGCGUUCACAUGUCAUGUAUGAGUUCUGUCGUACUAAAAGCAAACGGGGACGGAGACCCGAAAAAAAAUUCGAACAUAACUUUGUGGACUUUGUACGCACACAUCCGGAAACAUAUUACACAGAAUAAAGAAGUGAAAUGUGUGUAUGUGUUAGUAAAGGAAAAAAAAAGAGAAAAUGGGCGAGGAGAGAAGGGAGAAGGGGUAAAACGAGAUAAUGGGAAACAUAUUCAUGCGAUACUUGUACAAGCAGAUAAUACAUACGCACAUCAUUCAGCGAAGAAUAUAGGGAAAAGUCAUAUAUACACGUAUAAACAUAAAGUAAAGUUAAGUAUAAAUGCGCGAUCUCUCAGAAUAUGUAAUAAUCUAUAUACAUACAUAUUAUAUAGACCGAGUAAAUAAAUGGUAUUAUACGUACGCGUAUAGACCAACUGAGCAGAUAAAACAGAAGGAAAGUGGGAUGGCUGCGAUUAAAAUUAAAUAAUUUAUUAGUGGAUAUAACUAUUUAAGGUUUAAGAGAGUAAGUAUUUAGGGAAGAAUAAGAGAAAUGAUUCUACUACGUGCGAGUCAAUACAUAUAAUUAUGUAACAAUUCGCAUUCUAAUUCUACAGCUCUCAUUAAUCCAUUCGGAUGUCCUGUAACAGUAAAACAGUUGACGCAGAAUGACACUUUGUCUCCAUUUGUAUUUAGUUACCCCACACACACAGAGAGAAGAAUCUAAUAAUUAAACAUUGUUCGAACGACAGAAAAACCCAAAUUUAGAGAGCAAAGUUGAAGACGUAGCGACGUUAUUGCGAAUGUAUUGGCAUAAUUAAUAACGUAUUGGUCGAUCGAUCGUGUAAUAAUAAACAUGAUUGAUCGAUCGGGAUAAUAGCACAUUGGAUAAACGUUAAAAGCAGUGAAAUAUAUAAUUUAUCCGCGAUGCUGGACCAUCGGGCUUAUAUUCCGACGUAUAAUCCUACCGUACCGUUGCAUCGUUGAUAAACGAUAUAUCAGUUGUUAUUAAUUGUAGUUGUCGCUAGGUAUGCUAUGUAUAUAGGAUAAUAAGUGCAGUAGGAAAUAUAAUACAUAACAAAAAAAAAUACAGAGCAGUUUGUAUAAUGACGUGUUGUAAGUUACGCUAUUUCAGCGUCGCCGAUGAAUUCAAUUGAAUUUACGAUAUGUAUCGACGAGAAUAAAGAGGAACUACUAUAAUUUUAAAAAUUAUACGUAGAUUUAGAUUACGUAAAGACAAUAUAUCUAAUAAGUUCACUUGAAUUUAUUGAGACCCUGAAUUAUCGUACUGCUUCCAUAGCAAUAACUGUAUAGUUGAUAUUUAUGGUACUAAUUACCUACGUAAAAAAAAAAACUAUAUUAUAACGUGCCCCGCUGAGGAUUGCAAUUUUCUUCGACUUCUGAGUAUAAUUAUCCUCGGACAAUAUACACACGUAGACUUUCGUUCGUAAAUAUUUAACCGCCACUAUAACUUUUUGUCACGAAAUAUAUAUACAUAUAUCUCUAUAUAUAUACAUAUAUAUACAUAGAUAUAUAUACAUAUAUAUACAUAUAUCUCUAAUUUAUUUAUAAAUAUAUAUAUAU